GGACCGGCUGGACCCCCGGAGGAGGACCCGAAAGUGAACCACGUUGCCACGGGAGAGGCCUCACUUCAGGGCUGCAGUAUGUUCACUACAGUGAAGGCCUUCGAGGGGCAGCAGUACUCCACCCUAAAGAGGCAGUGCUUGCAGAGUGGCCUGCUCUUUGAGGACCCCCGCUUCCCUACCUUUGACAACUCGCUCUUUUACCAGGGCAACAGGAUCGGACGUGUGGUCUGGAAGAGGCCUCGGGAGCUGUGUGAGGACCCUCACCUGUUUGUAGAUGGCAUCAGCGCACACGAUUUACAUCAGGGACAGCUGGGUAACUGCUGGUUUGUUGCGGCAUGCUCGAGCCUGGCCUCCAGAGAGUCUCUGUGGCAAAAAGUUAUUCCCGACUGGAAGGAGCAGGAGUGGGAUACAGAGAAGCCAGAAUCGUAUGCUGGGAUUUUCCACUUCCGCUUCUGGCGCUUUGGUGAGUGGGUGGAUGUGGUGAUUGAUGACCGGCUACCGACGGUGGACAACCAGCUGGUCUACUGCCACUCCAACGACAGCAACGAGUUCUGGAGUGCCCUGGUGGAGAAGGCCUAUGCCAAGGUUUAUGGCUGCUACGAGGCUUUGGAUGGGGGAAACACGGCUGAUGCAUUGGUAGAUUUCACGGGUGGUGUGUCAGAGCCUGUGGACCUGCUGGAGGGUCAGAUGGCAACGGACGAAGUGGCCCGAAACCAGCUGUUUGAAAGAGUUCUCAAAGUCCACAACAGAGACGGUCUUAUCAGCUGCUCCAUCAGGGCAACCACAAUAGAGGACAUGGAGGCACGGCUGGACUGUGGCCUGGUCAAAGGCCACGCCUACGCCGUGACAGAUGUACGGAAAGUGCGGCUAGGUCACGGACUGCUGGCCUUCUUCAAAUCAGAGAAGCUGCAGAUGAUCCGCAUGAGGAACCCCUGGGGAGAAAAGGAGUGGAGCGGCCCCUGGAGCGACAGUUCGGAGGAGUGGAACAAGGUGAGCAAGAGCGAGAGAGAAAAGCUGGGUGUCACCGUGCAGGACGAUGGCGAGUUCUGGAUGACGUUUGACGACUUCUGCCAGUACUUCACUGACCUGAUCCUGUGCCGCCUCAUCAACACCUCCUACCUGAGCAUCCACAAAACCUGGGAGGAGGAGGUGAUGAGGGGCUCCUGGGUCCACCGCAAUGACCCCCUUCGCAACCGGUCCGGAGGCUGCAUCAACCACAAGGCUACCUUCCUCCAGAACCCUCAGUACGUGUUUGAUGUGAAGAAGGUGGAGGACGAGGUGCUGAUCUGCUUGCAGCAAAAAGAAAAGAGAGCCACACCCAAAGACGGAAAAGGGGAAAACCUCGCCAUAGGCUUUGAUAUUCACCGGGUGGAGCUAAAUCGUAAGUACCGUAUGCACUCAGCCCAGCAGAAAGUAGCGGGAUCCAUCUACAUCAACUCGCGCUGCGUCUUCCUCAGGAAGGAGUUGCAGGAGGGCCGUUACGUUAUCAUUCCCACAACCUUUGACCCCAGGCAGCAGGGCGACUUCCUGCUUCGUGUCUUCACCGAUGUGCCUUCAGACUGCAAAGAGCUGACUCUGGACGAGCCUCCUCAGACAUGUUGGACGGGGAUGUGUGGCUACCCUCAGCUGGUCACUCAGGUCCAUGUACUAAAUGCUGAUGGUCUGCAGGGACAGGAAUCCAAUGGAGAUCCGUACGUGAUCAUCACCUGUGAAGGAGAGAAGGUCCGUUCACCAGUUUAUAAGGACACACGGUGCCCAAACUUUGACAUCAAAGGCCUGUUCUACCGCAAGAAACCCAAGGAGGGCAUCCACAUCGAGAUCUACAACAAGAACAUAAUUGUGGACACCUUCCUGGGUCAAGUGAUUCUGUUCAGUGAUCCCAACGAGCGCCAGGAGCAGCACACGCUUCACCUCCGCGACAAGGGCAACCGCCAGGACAGUGACCUCCCGGGCACGCUCACUGUGCGCCUCAUCACCUCGACCACGCUCACUAACAUCUGAUCUGAUCCUUUAUAUAUUUAUGAAGAGUAACACUCAAGG